AUGGAGCUUAUGCAAUGUUUUGAGCGUGGGUGCAAGAACGAGGUUGUAUACUUGUGCCCAUGCACCUCUCCUGAAACUCUAUCCUGCGUACAGCAUAUUGGGGAGCAUGUGAUUCUUCCUAAUAUAGCUCAUGUUCCCAACUUGAUUUUUGUAGAGCCAUGCAAAGUGACAAAAGAAGAAAUUCUUAAGUUUCUUAAAAGAAAAAACUCAAAAAAUAGCAAGCUGAAGGUGUAG